AUGGCGUCUGUGAAUCUCGCCGCCGCAUCGCUCGCCGUCGUCCUCCUCUUAUGCGCGGCGAUGACGGCGACGGCGUACCAGCCCAAGCCCACGCCCACGCCCAAGCCCUACCCCACGCCCAAGCCCGAGGCCGAGGACUGCAAGAGGCAGGCCGAGUACUUCAAGAACUGCCUCCGCCUGGGCCUAGGCGAGAAGUGCUGCGGCAACGAGCGCGUCAUCCCGGUGGCGGAGCGCAAGUGCUACUGCCAGGUGGAGCGGGAGGCGGAGAUCGAAUGCGCGAUCGGGCGACGCUGCGGCGGGAUCGCCGGGAAAGUCAAGGUCGCCGAGAUGAAGCUCUCCUGCCUCGAGAACCUCCACUGCAAGCGCGCGUGAUAGCAGCACUAUGCCCACCGGAUUUCCUGGCUGGUUAUGCUUAGCGCACGUAUUUCAAUAUGUAUCUUCCUUCCUUGUGUACGUAUCGACCUCCGAGUGUUCUGUGUGCGCUUAGCCGUGCC